GCAGAGCAGAAAUGGCAGCAAAGCGGCUCGCCAACGAGCUCGGCGCGUACAAUCGCGAGCCUUCGCCGGCCCUCUCGCGCCUUGAGCCUGCCAGCGACCAGGACAUCUUCCACUGGUCUGCGGUUCUGAGAGGGCCCGAGGGGACCGCGUACGAAGGUAGACAGAACGCGUGCGACCGGCGACGACAACGCCUCGAUGCUGACAUGCGUGUAGGCGGUCGAUGGCACCUUUCAAUCGCCGUACCCCAGCAGUAUCCCAACACGCCUCCCGCCAUACGAUUCCAGACGCCCAUCUGCCAUCCCAACGUCAACUUCAAAACAGGAGAGAUCUGCCUCGACCUGCUCAAGACCUCGUGGACGCCAGCGUACGGCAUCGUGAGCACAUUGGAAGCAGUACAGCAAUUGUUGAGUGCGGGAGGAGAGCCGGAUAGUCCGCUCAAUAUCGACUUGGCCGUGCUGCUGAGAGAUGGUGACCUGGUGGGGGCCGAGGCACUGGUGAGAUUCUACACACAAAUGCUCGCUGUCCCGCGGCCGUGAGCAGAAAGAUGUAAUCCCAGCUCCUAGUCUCACGUGUAGCGGCCAACAGUCGGCCAGCAUGGCCGCCACGCGACAUUGAACGACCAACCUCGCAAUCGCUGUCCGGCGCGCACUCCUUCCCGGCCUCCUUUUUCCGCUAUACUGUCUCCUUGCUCCUAGGCAUGUUUGAGUCGGCCAUCAGCCCUUCACUCCUUCUCAUUGCAUCAAUGUGGUAUCGAAGAAGCGAGCAACCUCGAAGAGUUGGCUUUGGGUACAUUGGCGUAGGCUGUGCUACUAUACCGGAUCUCUGAUGUCGUUCGGCUUCCAGCAUUAUACGAGCGAUCGGUUCACUUCUUGGCAGAUCAUGUUCUUGGUCGUUGGGUUCAUCACAAUUGGUGCCGGUCUAUUAGUCAUCGCGUUUAUGCCGGACAACCCCAUGAGCGCCAAGAGGCUCACGCACGCAGAGCGUGUGGCAGCAGUGAAGAGAUUACGAGAAAACCAAACGGGUAUUGAGAACAAGAUAUUCCUGCAAUGCCUUGUGGAUCCGCAAACAGCAUUACUCUUUCUCAUCACGACUGCAGCAUCCAUUCCGAAUGGAGCCGUUGGCAGUUUCCAAUCGAUUCUAAUCAAGUCAUUCGGCUUCACGAACAAAGAGACGGCUCUGCUUCAGAUACCCGGCGGAGUCAUCGCUGUCAUCAGCGUUCUCACAGCAACCUGGGCAUCAGCACGCUGCAAUGCUCGAGGGCUCAACAUAAUGUUCUGGAGCGCCAUUGGUGGCCUGCUUGGAGGUGGCCUCCUGGCCUUUUCUUCUGAUGACAACCGCGCUAGCAAGCUUGCGGGCAACUAUAUCACGCAUGUCGUCGGUGCAUUUCUGCCUUGUGCAUACUCCUUUGCUGCAGCAAAUACCGCUGGCCACACAAAGAAAGUCACUAUGAACGCAUUGCUUCUAAUGGCGUUCUGCUUGGGCAACAUCCUUGGACCUUUGACGUUCCGAAACGAGGAUGCCCCAUCUUACACUCCUGCCAAAGUCAUGAUUGUUGCCGUCGAUUCUACCGCCAUCGUCUUCUCGAUCGCCUUGCUGGGUUGGUAUUACCUCCAGAAUCGAAAGCGGGAGAGGAACACUGCAACAGUACCUCACAUGCCUGAUUUUGAGUUUGCGGAUCUCACGGAUCGUGAAAAUCCACAUUUCAGAUAUAGUUACUAGGAAUCGAAAAUCUACAUGCCGUUCAUU